GUAACUGUCUCGCGAGGGCCGCACGGCUGGGGACCCUUCGUGGUGUAUGCCGGAGGAGCCGUGGUUGUGUACGCAGGGGGCGCCUGCGUAGUAUAGACCGGGGCCGCAGAAGUAGCAGUCGGGUAGACUGAACCAGGCUUGGUGUUGCGCUGGGUUGUGUACUGGUUGCGGUUGUCACUCUUUGUCGUGUACUUGCCUCCAUGGCGCGACGACGUCGCAUAGACAGGAGCGGAUGUUGUGUACACAGGGGUAGGGGCAAUAGAUGUGUAGCGAGGAGUGGUAGCAGAAUACGCAGGCGUGCUAGGAGCCACAGUCGAGUACGCCGGCUUCGAAGGAGAGGCCGAGGUGACAUAGACAGGAGCACUAGUAGUCUCGUAGAUGGGAGCGCUGCUAGUCUGGUAGACAGGAGCAGUGGUAGUCUGGUAAACCGGAGCAGUGGUAGUCUGAUAGACAGGAGCGGUGGUGGUCUGAUAGACAGGAGCGGUGGUGGUCUGGUAGACAGGAGCAGUGGUAGUCUGGUAGACAGGAGCAGUGGUAGUCUGGUAGACAGGAGCAGUGGUAGUCUCGUAAACCGGAGCAGUGGUGGUCUCGUAGACAGGAGCAGUGGUAGUCUGGUAGACAGGAGCAGUGGUAGUCUGGUAGACAGGAGCAGUGGUAGUCUCGUAGACAGGAGCGGUGGUGGUCUCGUAAACCGGAGCAGUGGUGGUCUCGUACACCGGAGCAGUGGUGGUCUCGUAAACCGGAGCAGUGGUAGUCUCGUAGACAGGAGCCGUGGUGGUCUCAUACACCGGAGCGGUGGUGGUCUCGUACACUGGAGCGGUGGUGGUCUCGUACACCGGAGCCGUGGUAGUCUCAUACACCGGAGCAGUGGUGGUCUCGUACACCGGAGCAGUGGUGGUCUCGUACACCGGAGCAGUAGUGGUCUCGUAGACAGGAGCCGUGGUGGUCUCGUACACCGGAGCAGUGGUGGUCUCGUAAACCGGAGCAGUGGUAGUCUCGUAAACCGGAGCAGUGGUGGUCUCGUACACCGGAGCAGUGGUGGUCUCGUAGACAGGAGCCGUGGUGGUCUCGUAGACAGGAGCCGUGGUGGUCUCGUAGACAGGAGCCGUGGUGGUCUCGUACACCGGAGCAGUGGUGGUCUCGUAGACAGGAGCGGUGGUGGUCUCGUACACUGGAGCCGUGGUGGUCUCGUACACCGGAGCGGUGGUGGUCUCGUAGACAGGCGCAGUGGUAGUCUCGUACACCGGAGCAGUGGUGGUCUCGUAUACCGGAGCAGUGGUAGUCUCGUACACUGGAGCCGUGGUGGUCUCGUAGACAGGAGCCGUGGUGGUCUCGUAGACAGGAGCCGUGGUGGUCUCGUACACCGGAGCGGUGGUGGUCUCGUACACUGGAGCGGUGGUGGUCUCAUACACCGGAGCGGUGGUAGUCUCGUACACUGGAGCCGUGGUGGUCUCGUAGACAGGAGCAGUGGUGGUCUCGUACACCGGAGCCGUGGUGGUCUCGUACACCGGAGCGGUGGUAGUCUCGUACACUGGAGCCGUGGUGGUCUCGUAGACAGGAGCCGUGGUGGUCUCGUAGACAGGAGCAGUGGUGGUCUCGUACACCGGAGCCGUGGUGGUCUCGUACACCGGAGCGGUGGUAGUCUCGUACACUGGAGCCGUGGUGGUCUCGUAGACAGGAGCCGUGGUGGUCUCGUAGACAGGAGCAGUGGUGGUCUCGUAGACAGGAGCCGUGGUGGUCUCGUAGACAGGAGCCGUGGUGGUCUCGUACACCGGAGCGCAGUGGUGGUCUCAUACACCGGAGCGGUGUGGUGGUCUCGUAGACAGGAGCGGUGGUGGUCUCGUACACUGGAGCCGUGGUGGUCUCGUACACCGGAGCGGUGGUGGUCUCGUACACCGGAGCAGUGGUGGUCUCGUACACCGGAGCGGUGGUGGUCUCGUACACCGGAGCGGUGGUGGUCUCGUAGACAGGAGCGGUGGUGGUCUCGUAGACAGGAGCCGUGGUGGUCUCGUACACCGGAGCAGUGGUAGUCUCGUAGACAGGAGCGGUGGUGGUCUCGUACACCGGAGCGGUGGUGGUCUCGUACACUGGAGCGGUGGUGGUCUCGUACACCGGAGCGGUGGUGGU